GAGAGCAGAUAUAGUGAAUGCAGGGUCCGGGGAGACCAAGAUAUAGUGAAUGCAGGGUCCGGGGAGACCAGAUAUAGUGAAUGCAGGGGUCUGGGGAGACCAGAUAUAGUGAAUGCAGGGUCCGGGAGAGCGGAUAUAGUGAAUGCAGGGUCCGGGGAGAGCGGAUAUAGUGAAUGCAGGGUCCGGGAGAGCGGAUAUAGUGAAUGCAGGGUCCGGGGAGACCGGAUAUAGUGAAUGCAGGGUCCGGGGAGAGCGGAUAUAGUGAAUGCAGGGUCCGGGGAGACCGGAUAUAGUGAAUGCAGGGUCCGGGGAGAGCGGAUAUAGUGAGUGAAUGCAGGGUCCGGGGAGAGCGGAUAUAGUGAAUGCAGGGUCCGGGGAGA